AUGGCCUCCGAAUCAUACAUCAUUCAUGACCCUUCCCCUUCCGAAAAGGACGAGAUCGAUAGCUUGCCCUCAAUAUCAAGCAGCGCCCUAGAUUCUGAGGAUGAUGACGCUCAGGAGGAGUGGGAGAGGAGUUUAGAGCAACUUCAGAUGCUACUCACCAUGAUAUUAAUACCUUUCGCGGGCAAGUACCUGGGACGGAAGUUUGCGUAUUGGAGUGUUGCGGAAGCCGCCAUGACGCUAUAA